CCAGGCUGAACAGACCUCUGAAUGCCUCUGGAUCUUCGCUCUCUCUCAGUUCCUUCCCUUCCGUCUCGCUCGACGACGUCGUCACCAUGAGUGCUAAACUGUGGACAGAGGAGCAGUUCAACUGCCCGGUGUGCCUGGAUCUCCCCAACGACCCGGUCACCAUCCCUUGUGGGCACAGCUACUGCAUGGCCUGCAUCAAGGACUACUGGAGCAAGGACGACCCCAAGGGGAACUACAGCUGCCCCCAGUGCCGCCAGACCUUCUGCCCCAAGCCCACCCUGUCCAGGAACACCAUGCUGGCAGAAGCCGUGGAGCAGCUGCGCAAGGGGGCCCGUCCAUCGGAUGUGCGUGACUCCAUGCGCAGCGCCCGCAGGGUCUCCUCCUCCUCCUCCUCCUCGUCCAAAUCCAAAGGGAAGCUGUCCUCCACAGCAGUGCCGUGCGACAUGUGCAAGGGAGAGCCGCGAGCGGCGGUCAAGAGCUGCCUGACGUGUAUGAGCUCGUACUGCGAGAGCCACCUGAAGCCCCACCAGACGCAGAAGGGCCUGAAGAAGCACGAGCUCAUCGCGCCCACGGGCAACCUGGCCGAGAAGAUCUGCACCCAGCACAAGUACCUGCAGGAGUUCUUCUGCCGCCAGUGCCAGAUGUUCAUCUGCUGGCUGUGCACCAGCAACCUGCACAAGGGCCACGAGUGUGUGUCCACCAAGGCCGAGCGCUUGGAGAAACAGAAAGCGCUGUCCGACAUGCAGGCCGAGAACCAGCAGAGGCUGAAAGACAGAGAGCAGGAGCUCAAGGACAUGAGGAAGAUGAUGGAGGGGAUGAAGCGUUCCUCAGACCGGCUGCACGAUGACGCCGAGCAGGCGCUGGCGGAGCUGCUGCGCUCCGUGGAGCGUCUGCAGGAGCUCCUGGACGAGCUGCUGGACCAGGCCGGCCUGGAGAAGAUGGGCCAGGCCCAGGGGGUCAUCGACAGUCUGGACACGGAGAUCAAGGAGCUGAGGAGGAGGGACACGCAGAUGAAGGAGCUGGCUCGCUGUGAAGACCACAUUCACUACCUGAAGACGUACGAGUCCAUGUGCAGUCCCCUGGAGUCGGGGGACCUGCCCACUGUGGUAGCCAACCAGGACGCUUCCUUCGAGCCUGUGCGAGACGCAAUCCUGGACCUCAGGGAGCGAGUGGAGGACCUGUGCAACCAGGAGCUGGGCAAGAUCACCAAGCAAGUCAACGACACAACACUGUUCACUUUGGGUGACGCGAACCAGAGCACGGGGGCAAAAGCAGGGUUAUUAAAAUUGUUUUCUGGUUUGGGUUCCCGCAACACAAACAGCCGUUCGCCAGCUUCCUCACCCAAUGUGUCGGUAGCGGCGCGAAGUACAGACAGAAGAGGACUUGGAUUCAAAAGUCAGGAUGUGAGGAGCAGAGAAUCUCCACGAGACAGAAGAAACGAAAAUAACUCGCCCAGACAGAGGAGAGAGGAGAGGGAGACCGUGAGGGAGACCAACUCCAGAGUCAGUCCAGCUCCCAGCCGCAGAGAGUCCCAGUCCAUCACAAGCAGGACCAGUCAGAACCAGGGACCCAGUCCGACUCCCAGCCGCAGAGAGUCCCAGUCCAUCACAAGCAGGACCAGUCAGAACCAGGGACCCAGUCCGACUCCCAGCCGCAGAGAGUCCCAGUCCCUCUGGAGCAGGUCCAGUCGGAACCAGGCUGCUCCUGCUCCGGUCCCGGCCACCCCGACUCCAGCUCCGACUCCAGCUCCUGCCUCAGCAACUGGAGGAUUCAGUCGGAUGGCGUCCAUCAGCAGCCUCUUCCGCUCCCAUCGCCGGGGAACCAACCAGGCUACUCCGGUUACCCUGGCUAUGCCCGGCAACAACACAGCAACUGCAGGAGGGAACCCAUGGGGGAUGGGAGCUCUGCCCGAAACACCGACAGAAAUAAACCCUGGUCUCUUUUUGGACACGCCCACCCCUGACGCCAUGAUUCAUGCUCCGGCUUUCCCUGCGCUGAGAGAAAUCAGCAUCGACAGCAUCCAGGCCCCAGAGCCGAGGACCAGAGAGGAGUUCUUACAGUACUCUGUGACCUUGACCCUUGACCCCAACACGGCCCACCGACGACUCGCCCUCUCCGAGGGCAACACCAAAGCUGUCCUGCAGGUGGCGGCGCAGCCCUACCCGGACGCUCCGCAGCGCUUUGACGGUUGGACCCAGGUGAUGUGCCAGAGGCCGCUGUACGACCAGCGCUGCUACUGGGAGGUGGAGUGGCGGGGCCGGGGCUCCUCAGUAGGCGUGGCCUACGGCUCACUGAACAGGAAGGGCUCGGACGCCAGAUCCGGGCUCGGGUACAACGCCCAGUCCUGGACCCUGGAGCUGUCGGACACCUGCUGCUCGGCGAUGCACGACAACGAGAAGAAGGACAUACCGGUCACCUACUCGCCCCGUCUGGCCGUCUACCUGGACCUGUCCAUGGGCAUGCUGGCCUUUUACAGCGUGGCGGAGAGCAUGACGCACCUGCACACCUUCCGCACCAACUUCACCCAGCCACUCUACGCCACCUUCGGCGUGGGCAGCGGAGUGGGGGUGGGGCUGGACUUCGCCCUGGGCCAGUUCACCUCGAGCAGCGACAGCGUUAAGAUCUGUCCCAUGUGAGGACAAAGACUCGUCACUGUGACACAACGACAGAAAGAUGUUUGAUUCAAGUCAUGAAAUAAAAAUCUGCAUCUCUCAUCAAAAUACUGAUUUUCAGGUGAAGAUUUGAGAUUGAGAUGAUGAUAAUAAUAUUAAAUCAGUUGUCGAGUCAGUG